AUGCUCUUAAAUUUACCUUUUCGUUUAAACGGCAAUAGCGUAAAGCUAUUGGAAAAUGUUUUAAAUAAUUUCCAAUAUCGUAACGUUGGCAAUUUUGCGUUGGAUGCGCUUUUGGAUAACGGUUUAACGUUUAUAACGCGCAAAUUGUUUGGCCGAUAUGGUAUGGAAGGAUUUGGCUUUUUGGAUAGUUUUGCAAGCGCGAAAUUGGGUUUUAAUAAGCUUUUCGAAAAGUUCCGGUAUUGUUUUGGGCAACCGCUUAUGGACGCGGUUACAAAAUACCGCAAUGUCCGUUUCGGGGGCAAAUUUAUUAAAAUCGAAAGCGUUGCGGCGGCGUUUAUUGCGCGCUUUACGCUUUUUUUUGGCGAAAGUUUUUUUACCGCGGCGGUUAAAACCCGCCGGGGGGUUACCGGCAAAACGUUUGCGAAAGCUUUAAAAAGUUGCAAGCGCAAAAAGGCCCGAUGGACCCGCGAUAUUUAA